UCAUCAAUUUCGCAUUCAGUUUGACUGAAAUUGUGGAGAAUGGCACAUCGUUUGAUCUUCUUGUCCAUUCUGUUUGGACAACUUUUGUAUUCGGGGAAUUGUUCAGAAUCUACUGAAAGUAGUGAAUAUAAUGCAAUUCUUUAUGGCGAUGAUUUAUUGAAUAGCGCGGCCAAUAAGGUGGAGCUUUUGAGCCUCAAAGUAGAGAAUUAUAAUCUGCGUAUGCAAAGUGAAUUAAUGGCAAUGAAAGAGCAGCUUCUUCGUGAAAUAAAGGAAAUAAAGAAGAGUCAGGAAUCAGCGCUACCUGCAACCAAGAAACCAGCAUCGUGUAAGGAAGCGAUGCGCCAAGAAAACGGGAAAUAUGCAGGGAGUGGCGUUUAUGAACUUUAUCUGCCUGAAUUUCUUCAACACCCUUUCAAUGUUUAUUGUCUUCGUGAUCCUGAUGGCGGUGAACCAUGGACUAUAAUUCAACGUCGUCAAAGCAACGACACCGACUUCUAUCGUGGGUGGAUUGAGUAUGAACGCGGUUUCGGCGAUUUGAAUGCCAAUUUCUUUCUCGGCUUGGAUAAAAUACAUGCCCUGACGAAUUCCCGAUCUCAUGAGCUUUGGUUUCAAUUGGAGGAUUUUGAAAAUGAGAAACGUGUUGCCAAGUACGACAGUUUCGCUAUUGGCAAUGCUCAUGAUAAAUAUGAGUUAAUUGCGCUUGGACAAUAUUCAGGCACGGCCGGUGACUCGUUCUCUGCCCAUCGCGGCGAAAAAUUCUCCACUAAAGAUAGAGAUAAUGACAAAGCUAGUGUUAACUGUGCAUUGAAAUUUAAGGGCGCUUGGUGGCAUAGGGGUUGCUUUGACAGGCAUUACAGCAAUCUGAACGGUUUGUAUUUAGGAGGAAAAUUUCCAAAAACUCAGGAAGGCAGAGGCGUGGUGUGGAUUGCCUGGCGUGGACUUUAUUACUCCCUCAAAUAUGUACAUAUGGCUAUAAGGCCAAAGUACUAUUACUGAGAUAUUGGUUUCUAUUGAACAGCGUAGGCUCCAUUUAGUUUUAAACAUUACUGAGGUUAAAGCUGUUUUAUAAAACUUUACAUAUUCUAUUUAGCAACAAAUAAUACAUUAUUUGAAAAAAAACUGUUUCUCUUAUUUCUAAAAACAAUAUAGAAAACAAUCGUUUCAUAAUUUACAUUUGUAUUAAAUCAUGUUUCA